AUGUCACGGGGGAGGGGAAAGCUGAAGAAACAGACAUCUCGACCACCGAAACAGAGCAAUUCAAGCGGGAAGGCCACGAGUGUGGUUGAAGAAGAAUUGGAGAAUGUAGAGGCUCUGGAACCAGUAGCAACAGAAGGCGAGAAAGUGAAAGAGAAAGACGUACUAGGGGAUGCAGAGAACCCUAAAAAAGAGGAUGGGGAGAAUCUUAAUGAGAGUAAGGAAACGUUGUGGGUGGAUGUGAUUCGAGGAAAUCAAAAUACUAUGAAUGGAAUGGACAUCCAAUACGUUGCACCCAAGAUCAUUGAUGGACAAGUGGAAGUGGAAAUUGCAGAAGAAGAUGUUGAAUCGGAGGUGUGGUUCUAUGAAACAUCGCUGAUAAUGUAUGUUAUUGGAACCAAUUUGAGUACGCACGCUAUUAAGAACUACAUGACAAGGACAUGGAAUUUUGCGACGCUGCCGAAAAUGUACUAUAACGAUGAAUGUUACUUCAUUCUGAAAUUCAAAUCUGAAAGGAUAGGGAUAAGGUGA